CUGACGAAGAGCAAACACCGCCAAAUCCAAUCAGUAAAUAACGUAAAUUUGGCUGAUAAGCCGGGAGAAACGAAACUACAAUGUUAUAGAUGGUAAACAAUGCAUCUAUAUGGGAAAUAUGUAAACGAAGGGGGAAAAUCCCUUAGCUCGGAUUAAUCAAUUUCUAAUUAUAAACAUAAUUCGGUAAAGUAUGCAGAUUUAAAUUACCCGGCGAUUAUUGCGCUCGAUCGAUCUCGAUUGGAACAAUCGAUGUCAUCGAUAACAGGUCAUCUCUAGCCCUGGAGGUUCAAAAAAGGUAAACAAUAAAAAAGAUAAUGGACAAAGGUGAUGGAGAUGUGGAACGCUUCUUGGCGGAGAAGUACCCUGGCUUAGUGGCGGAGCUUCAGCCGAGCGGAGCCUGCGUUAUACGAGGAGUUAUGUGCAGUGAGGGAACCUGGCGGCGCCUUAAACUCUACUUACCUCAACACCCAGCUCUACAUGGCUUCCAGCUAUAUGUGCAGGAACACUUGGAGUACAAGAGAUAUACAUCGGACAAUCUGAAGGUCCAGGAUGGGUGGCUUCUGGAGGACUUUUUGGCUAAUCUGGCUCAGAUUCUUCCCGCCACAGAAGUAUUAACCGCUGUUAAGGAACAAAUGCCGGAGGGCAAUAUAUACUCCGAUAUCCUGGCCUUGCACAAACCCAACGAGUACCGCCUGCAAAUGGAUGAGGCCUGCUCCCGGCUGCGUUUCAGCGAAUUCUCCGACUAUGAGCAUCACUAUCUGGAGCUGGAGGUUCCCUCGCUGCGCCUGCUGGAUCAUAGCCUGCCAGAAUGCGUGUCGCUUGGGGAAAUGCUGACCAAGAGCGCAGGAACUUUGGAGGAAGCCCUGACCCUCUUCCUCAAAGUGCUUGAGGAGCUACGUCCUUUUUACGAACACUUCAUGGACAUCGAUGAGCUGUGCCAUGUACUGCAACCAUCGCCCAUCACCACCAAGCACAAUUCACGAGUGUUUCCGCUCAAGAAUCGAGUCUAUUUGAAGGUUACCAUUGGGGAUCCCUUCGCCUGCAUAUCAUCUAUGGCGUUAAAGAUCAUUGGACCCACGGAAGAGGUGGCCCACUUGCGCCACGUUCUCAGCGAUGGGCUGGGCAACUGGGACUCAGAACUGGACAUGCACAAAAACCUGCUCCGGAUUUUCGACCUGUGCUUCUUCCCCAUGCCAGACUGGUCUGAUGGCCCCAAGCAGGAUGAGGAGGACAAUGAGGAACUGCGCUGCAAUAUUUGCUUUGUCUAUCGCCUGGAUGGCGGUGAGGUGCCCCUCGUGUCCUGCGACAAUGCCAAAUGUGUGCUCAAGUGCCAUGCUGCCUGCUUGAAGGAGUGGUUUACCACGCUUAUGGAUGGCAAGACCUUCCUGGAGGUCUCCUUUGGCCUAUGUCCCUUUUGCAAGGCAAAACUCUCCACCUCGUUUGCGGCCCUUUUGAAUGACUAAAUAAAGGAAUAUCGCAUCACAAGCCCACCACAAUAAUAAAAAACAAAUAUUAAGAGUAACUUAUUACAGAGAGACU